UCACCACCGCUGGUCCACCACCAACCUUUGAACUCACUGCGAAAGCAACACACCCACCAUUCUCUGUCUCUAUCUGAAAUAAUCUGCCGAUUGCCGAAAAAAGAAAAGCAAAAAACAGAGCACGAGUCUAUCUGUCUGUCUGCUUGAUUAUUCUGACAUUAAAAAUCUCGACUCCAGUCAAAUUCGAGAUCUGUUUCUUUCCGGACAAUGUAUUGGUAAUAGUCCACCCCCCACAAUCCAUCGUCUUCUCCGAGCUCGCUCGGCAAUCUGCACACGCCACGGUUCUAUCGGAUUACGAAACGGAUUGGUUGGGAUUUCAGAACCAGCAAUGGGAGAGAAGAUGCAGAGCAGGGGAUCCAGUGCUCGUCUCUCCGGCGCCGUUUUCCGGUCUCGGAUCCCGACGCUCAUGGUCUCCAUGUUCGCCACCUUCGCCUCCAUCUACGUCGCCGGCCGGCUGUGGCAGGAUUCGGAGAGCAGGGUUUAUUUGAUCAAGGAACUUGAUAGGAUUACUGGGCAGGGGCGAUCUGUCGUAUCAGUGGAUGAUACGUUGAAAAUCAUAGCCUGCAGGGAACAACAUAAGAAGUUAUCAGCUCUUGAGAUGGAGUUGACUGCAGCUAGACAAGAAGGUUUUACUUCGGGGCAAUCAGCAGAGACUAACGGAACUGAUUACAAGAUAAGACCACUAGUGGUGAUUGGUAUUUUUACAACCUUUGGCCGCAAAAAUAAUAGGGAUGCAAUUCGUCAGGCGUGGAUGGGAACAGGUGGUAUCUUGAAAAAAAUGGAGAAUGAGAAGGGAAUAAUCGCUCGAUUUGUUAUUGGAAGAAGUGCAGAUCGUGGGGAUAGUUUGGACCGAGCCAUUGACAAUGAAAACCGGCAAACUAAGGACUUCAUUAUUCUUGAUACCCAUAUAGAGUCACCUGAAGAAUUCCCAAAGAAGAGUAAAUUGUUCUUCGCUCAUGCUGCUGAAAAAUGGAAUGCUGAGUUUUACUCCAAAGUCAAUGACGAUGUUUAUGUAAAUAUUGAUGCUUUGGGAGCUACACUUGCAACUCAUUUGGACAAACCUCGGGUUUAUAUGGGGUGCAUGAAAUCAGGCGAAGUUUUCUCUGAGCCGAGCCAAAAAUGGUAUGAACCAGAAUGGUGGAAGUUUGGCGAUAAAAAAUCAUAUUUCCGCCAUGCUUCGGCUGAGAUGUUCGUCAUAUCUCAAGCUUUGGCGAAAUUUGUUUCAAUCAAUAGAGAUAUACUCCGUACCUAUGCCCACGAUGAUAUCAGUGUCGGAUCUUGGUUUAUUGGUCUUGAUGUUAAACAUGUCCAUGAUACCAAGUUUUGUUGCUCCUCGCGGGCAGGAGGAGCUAUUUGUGCUGGUGUUUGAUUUGAUUCGCGUUGUGGUCAUGGAGAAAAUGUCAACCAGAUGCAGGGAAACGGUAUGAAAGACAUUUUUCGCAUCCUUCGCGAUGUCACGGUUGAUUCUGGACCUCUUGCCCAUCAGAUGAAAUGGAUUUGGCUCGCAGCAUGUUGUACACUGGAGAUCGGGAAAACGGGAUUUCGAACAGUCAUGAUACUUGUAUAGGUUCAAUUAUACGAAUUCGGAGAGAAUAGUAUAGGUUUUCGGGGUGUUAUUUUUGCAGCAGAAUUACACAUUUCUUUGGUAGCCUUGUAGUAGAGAUUUUGUCAUCAGUUAACAGUCGGGCUAUUAUUUUUUAUUAGACUGGAAUGUCACGGUGACACAAUUAACUUCCAAAUA